CUUAUCGGAUUAUCACCCUACCAAGUAAAGUUUUCCAAGACAAAACAGAUGUUCAAGAUACGGUCAAAUUCGAUUUACCUCAAUUCUUUGAGUGCGAUUACCAUAUUAUUGAUACUGUUAACGUUCUUUAUUCUACAUCUUAGAUAUCUGUUUUCGGGUACUGAUGAAUCAGCAUACAGUAAUGAAUCUGCAGCAGAACUAAAUUACAUUCUCGAACUGACCACUUUUGUUAUAUUUUGUUGUUCUGCAUACUAUUUCGUAUAUACAUAUCGAUCUUCGUAUAUGAAAAUGUUGAAUUUGUGUGUUACUACUUGGGAGCUUAUGCCUUCAUCGAAUAAAAGACAAGUGAUUCUCAAAAAUUUGCGUUUCCUCAUCAAUACAUGGUUCAUCAUGUUCUUGUUGAUAAUAAUUGUUCAGGUCUGCUUAAUUAGUAUGAGCAAUACCAGUUUGUGGAAGAAGUUAUUGGAUGGAUUAACAUUUAAUAUGGCCCACGUAUUACAGAUCAUCUAUCUUAUUUUUUAUCAAACUCUAGUGAUGAUUAUUGUUUCAAUACUGCGUAACCUCUACUGCGAAUGCCAACUAAUGGAUACCGGUGAUGGAGUGACAAAUGUUAAACCAAAAAUGAAAAAUAUGACUUUAAGGCAGAUGGAAAUAGUUUAUAUAAAAGCAUUUGAGUUGAAGACUUAUAUUAAUCAAUCAUUCCAAUGGCCAAUCCUCAUGACAACGUUGCAAUGUUUCCAUGCAGCGGUCAGUGAAGCUCACUCUGUAUACCAUUAUAUAUUACUUAACAACACAAUUUCAAUCUACGAAAUUACUGAUGGUACAGUGUGGACGAUAUACCAGCUAAUAAAAAUAUAUUCAUUAGCAUAUUCAGGGAGUUUGAUAAAAAAUGAAGCACAAAGAAUUGGCCAAUUACUCCACAACAUAUCAACAGAAAAACUCGAUCUUCGAUGGUUUGUCGAGGUGCAACAUUUUUCAACACUCAUCAUGUACCAAUCUGUAGAAAUUAACUUGUGUGGUUAUUUUCCAUUAGACGCGACACUUAUCUAUAAUUUUGUAGCAUCUGCGACAAUGUACAUGAUAAUUCUGGUUCAAUUUGAUCGAGACGGUUAGUUACAACUUAAUGCUACCUAUCAUAAUAU